AAGCUUCUUGUCUGAAGUAAGCAUUCUCCAUCGACUGACAGAGUGUCCCCACGUCGUUCGAUUACUGGGCCUAUGCACUGAUCCUGGCAAUUAUGCGAUUGUAAUGGAAUAUGUUGAAAAUGGGGAUUUGAAAAAAUGUUGUUGUCAGAGGAACGUGAACAUUGUAAAAUCAGAAAGUGGAGCUGCCGCAUCAAUAUGAGUUUGGAUAUUGCAAAAGGGAUGGACUUCUUGCACAGUCGUAGUCCUCCAAUUAUACACAGAGACUUGAAAACAUCCAAUGUGGUAGUUGAUCGCAAUUACUGCUGCAAGAUUAUUGACUUUGGAUUGUCAGCAGUGAGGGGAGUUUCGAGACAGUCAGAAGUGCAAUCUAGUAGCAGUUCGAGGGAAAUGGGGACGGUGGCAUUCACUGCUCCAGAACUAUUACUGAGAAGAGUAGAUGAAGAACACGAAACGAAGAUUGAUGUCUAUUCGUAUUCUAUCAUUUUGUGGCAAUUGAAAGGAAGGAAGCCUGUCUAUGGUUACUUAAUUCUAUUAAUGGAAUGA